AUGUCUUCUACUCCCACGUCUCCAGAUCGCGUUAUCUCAUCCAAAGGGAAAGACAAUGCAGGGCUUACGCUUGCCGUUAUCGGUUGUGGCACAAUGGGCACCUCGAUCUUGACUGGUAUUCUUAAUGCCAAAUCUAAAAGCGCUGCUACCGAUUCGAACAUAAAUACUUUCAUCGCUACAGUGCAUACAAUGGCAUCCAUGGAGCGCUUGCGCAAACAAUUUUACUCGGGAAAAUCACGUGUCAAUAUCCUUAUUGGGAAUGAUGGAGUUUUGCAGGCAAUGCAAAAAGCGGAUAUUGUUCUGCUGGCUUGUAAACCCUAUGUGAUAGAAGGAGUACUUUCAAUGCAAGGCGCAAGAGAAGCAUUGGGAGGAAAGCUGGUCAUUAGCGUCGCAGUGGGGACCCCCGUGAUUAAAAUGGCGAGAGCGCUUGGAUUCGCGGACUCUUCUCCGGGAAGAGGAAAGGAAAGAGAAACCAAAGAAAUUGCCAUCGUCCGUGCAAUGCCAAAUAUAGCAGCAAGUUUCGGGGAAUCCAACACGGUAGUUGAAAUUUCUCCUUCUAUGCAGCUGAGCAACCAAAACAAAAGUAUCGUGCGCUAUAUUUUUGGGUGUGUAGGCUCGAUAGUGGAGGUUGGACCUGGACAAUAUGAUGCGGCGAGUGUUUUGGCAGCAGCUAGUAUGGCGUUUUUGACGGUGGCUAUUGAUGGGAUUUUGGAUGGAGGUGUUAAGGAGGGAAUUAAGAGGGCGGAAGGUAGGGAUAUUUUGGUGAGGAGUUUGAAGGGGUUGGUGGGGUUGUUGGAGGGAAAGGGAGGUGAUGAGAGAGAGGGAAAUGCGAAUGGCAAGGGGAGAACGGGUGAUGAAAUUAGGGAAGGGUUUAGCAGUCCAAGGGGAACAACUAUUGAAGGCUUGGUGGGGUUGGAGGAGGAUAGAGUGAGGUAUGCUUAUUGCAGGAGUGUGAUGAGAGCUACUAAGAGAAGUUUGGAGAUGUAG